AUCGCUUGUGGUUCCAGGGUCACUGCUUUGAGGGUGUGGGUAAGAGAGGUGCCACAGGGGUUGAUGUUUUCAGUGCCCCCGUUUAGCUAGGAUUGUAGACUGCUGAGAAGAGGCCAGGGACUGCUUGAGUAGGAGAGAAGCAGCCCCUCCACAGCCAAGCUCUUACUCCUUAGAAGGGAGUGAGGGGUGUGGUGGUCAUAGGGGUCCCGCCCCUGCCCUGCCCCGCCUUCUGGGCGGUGGAGAUGCCUUGUGUGAGCCCUCCCCUUGGAGCCUGAGAGGCCUGGGGUUGGAGGAAGGACUUAUUGGCGGCAGAGCUCGGUCAAGGACUCUGGAAGAAGGGAGGCCGGUGCUGGUCUCUAGUCCCUCUGGGACAGUAGCUCUGCCAGCUGCGAGUUGUACCGCUCCUGCUGGUCCUGCAGACAUGCACCGGCGGCGGCCGGGCGCGCCCCUAGGCCUCGCCCCCGCGCAGGGGCGCUGAGUGCUGCCACCCCCAUGAGCGCCUGGCUGGGGCUCAGUGCUAAGCCGCUAAGCCGCUCUCAGGACUGAGCCAUGCGGCGCUGGGCCUGGACCGCCACUGUGGCCCUCCUCUGGCCACAGCUCGUGCUGUUAGGAGGUGUGGGGGCACAGCAGGAGCCCAAGAGGCCUCAGCAGCCAGGCCUGUGGACGGAGUCCCCCAGUGUUGCCACACCCAACAAUGAGGGACUGUCGGGCUCCCUCAAGCCAGCAGAGGCCUCUGGACCUGAGCUCUCAGAUGCCCACAUGACAUGGCUGAACUUUGUCCGGAGGCCAGAUGGGGUCGCCAAGAAACGGUGCCGUGGCCGGGACAAGAAGUCGCGAGGCCUCUCAGGUCUCCCUGGUCCCCCUGGCCCUCCUGGUCCCCCUGGUCCUCCAGGGGUGGAAGUCACCCCAGAGGCCUUGCUGCUGGAAUUUCAGGAAAUGCUGAAGGAGGCCACAGAACGUCGAUUCUCAGGGCUACCAGACACAUUAUUAUACCAGGAACCUGGCCGACUGGUGGCUGAGGCCUUCCAUUGCCGGUUGAAGGGCCCUGUGCUAGUGGACAAGAAGACACUGGUGGAACUGCAGGGAUUCCAAGCCCCCACUGCUCAAGGUGCCUUCCUGCGGGGAUCUGGCCUGAGCCUGGCCUUGGGCCGCUUCACAGCCCCGGUCUCUGCCAUCUUCCAGUUUUCUGCCAGCCUGCAUGUGGACCGCAGUGAGCUGCAGGGGAGGGGCCGGCUGCGUACCCGGGACACUAUGCGUGUUCUCAUCUGCAUUGCAUCCCUGUGUCAUCGCCACACAUCCCUUGAGGCUGUAUCAGGCCUGGAGAGCAACAGCAGGGUCUUCACAGUGCACGUUCAGGGGCUGCUGCAGCUGCAGGCUGGACAAUAUGCUUCCGUGUUUGUGGACAACAGCUCCGGGGCAGUCCUCACCAUCCAGAGCAGCUCUAGCUUCUCCGGUCUGCUCCUGGGCACAUGAGGGAGCUGAAGGGAUGCUGAAUGAGAAGCCAACACCUAGCUUCUUAGAGGAGCUGAAAAGGAUUGCUCCCCAGUUACUACUUACCGUACAUAGUAAUAAAGAGCCCCAGACU